AUGUGCGUGAAUGAGACACCUAUUUUUAUCGUUCCUGCUAAAGGUAGGCUUCCGAUAAGUACAAGGACAAAAGAGAGAGAUGAAAAAAUCGUAAGUGAGCUUCGUAAUCUAAAGCGAGCGAUGAAACACCUCCAAGAAAAUCAAGUCAGCGAGCAUUUGGACUACGAAGAUUUAUGUAUCCAUCCAAAUAUUGAUUUGCCAGUCAGGUUCAAGCCACCUAAGUUCGAUUUGUUCGAUGGAAUCGGUGAUCCUCAUACUCAUUUAAGAGCAUAUUGUGAUAAAUUGGUAGGGAUUGGAAAAAAUGAGAAGCUCAUAAUAAAGUUGUUCAUCAGAAGUUUGUCUGGUGAGGCUCUCAUUUGGUACACCAAACAAAACCCUCGUCAUUGGUACAAAUGGAGCGGCAUGGCUGAAGACUUUAUGAAACGUUUCAAGUUUAACACAGAAAUCACACCUGAUCGACUUUCCCUCAUCAGUAUACAAAAAAAACCCUCUAAAUUAUUUCAGGAAUAUGCUCGACGAUGGAGGUCCAAAGUGGAAAAAGUUCAACCAUCAAUGGACGAAAGUAAAUUAACGAAGUAUUUUAUCCGCAGUAAAAAAGGUGUCUAUUUUGAAAGGAUAAUGUCCACAUUGGGGGAGAAGUUUGAUGACUGUGUCAAAAUGAGAAAUUUUAUUGAAGAGGCGAUCAACUCUGGAAAGAUUAAGUCGGCAAAUAACUCGAGCGAAUCUACUCGGUUAGAGUUCAUCGAAGGAGCCAAGGUGGAGAAUGAAGAAGAAGGUAAGCGCAAUCAAAGCUGCACUCAAUUUGUUAAACCAUUGACGCUUUUGUUUGAGAAAAUGAGAGCUGUAAAUUUAUUGCAAUCGGAGUUGGGGAAGAUUCCUAAUCCAUUACCUAAAUGGUUCGAUGAAACAAAGCGAUGUUCUUUCCACUCUGGAGUUUUGGGGAACAAUACUGAAGAUUGUAAUAGGUUAAGGCAUAGAAUUGAGUGCUUGAUCAAGGCCGGGGAAAUCUAA